GGAGCGGAGCCGGGGGGCGGACCGCGGCGGUGGUGGCAGCCGGGCUCUCGGCCGCUUCGGCUCACUCGCGCUCGGUGUCUGCGCCUAGCGCCGCGGGACCGGCUAAAGCCCGCGCAGCGGCUGCGCUGUGGGUCUGCGGCGGGGGGCCUUCUCUGGCUGGGCGUCCGGCUCCCGGGCAGAAGUCAUGGAUGUAGAUGCUGAAAGAGAGAAGAUAGCAAAGGAGAUUGCAGAGCUCGAGAGGAUUUUGGAUCCCAGCUCCUCAGGCAUCGGAGUGGGGGUCUCGGAGUCUGGUCUCACGUUGGAUUCUGAUGGAGAUUCGCUGCCGGAGGAGGACUCAGAGGCCGCUGGUUCCCCAGGCUCGGAGGAGGAGAGGUGGGGUGAGGCCAGCAAUGGCGAGGACAACCCCAAGGAGAAGACCCUCCCUGAAGACCCAGAGACCUGCCUGCAGUUGAACAUGGUCUACCAGGAGGUUAUCCAGGAGAGGCUGGCGGAGGUCAGCCUCCUGCUGGCCCAGAACCGGGAGCAGCAGGAGGAGAUCAUGUGUGACCUGGCAGGGUCCAAAGGCCCCAAAGUGAAGGAUGGCAAGAGCCUGCCCCCGAAUCUGUACAUAGGGCACUUCAUGAAGCCCUACUUCAAGGACAGGGUGACCGGAGUGGGACCUCCUGCCAAUGAAGAGACUCGGGAGAAGGCCGCCCAGGGUAUCAAGGCUUUCGAGGAGCUCCUGGUAACUAAGUGGAAGAACUGGGAAAAGGCUUUGCUCCGAAGGUCAGUGGUGAGCGACCGCCUCCAGCGCCUGCUCCAGCCGAAGUUACUGAAGCUUGAGUACUUGGACCAGAAACGGAGUAAGGUGACAAGCGAGGCAGAGAGGCAGAUGCUGGAGAAGCAGAGCAGGGAGGCGGAGAGGGAGGUCCAGGACAUCCGGCAGCUCCCAGAGGAGGCCUUGCUGGGGAGCAGGCUGGACAGCCAUGACUGGGAGAAGAUUUCCAACGUUAAUUUUGAGGGUGGCCGCAGUGCGGAGGAGAUCCGAAAGUUCUGGCAGAACUGCGAGCACCCAAGCAUCAACAAGCAGGAGUGGAGCGGACAGGAGGUGGACCAGCUGAAGGCCAUUGCAGCCAAGCAUGGCCACCUACAGUGGCAGAAGAUCGCCAAGGAGCUGGGGACCAACCGCAGCGCCUUCCAGUGUCUGCAGAAGUACCAGCAGCACAACAAGGCUCUGAAGCGCAAGGAGUGGACGCGGGAGGAGGACCGCCUGCUCACCCAGCUCGUGCAGGAGAUGCGCGUCGGCAGCCACAUCCCCUACCGGAGAAUCGUCUACUACAUGGAAGGCAGAGACUCCAUGCAGCUCAUUUAUCGGUGGACCAAGAGCUUGGACCCCGGCCUAAAGAAGGGGUACUGGGCCCCAGAGGAAGAUGCGAAGUUGCUUCGAGCGGUUGCCAAAUAUGGGGAGCAGGAUUGGUUUAAAAUCCGGGAAGAGGUGCCAGGUAGGAGCGAUGCCCAGUGCCGAGAUCGGUACCUCAGACGGCUGCACUUCAGCCUGAAAAAGGGACGAUGGAAUGCAAGCGAAGAGGGGAAGCUGCUUGAGCUGAUCGAGAAGUACGGCGUGGGUCACUGGGCAAAAAUAGCUUCUGAACUACCCCAUCGGACGGGCUCCCAGUGUCUGAGCAAGUGGAAGGUCAUGGUCAGGGUGAGGCUUUACCAAAAGAAGCAGAAUCGGGGGAGGAGGCGGCGGCGGCCCCUUCGCAGCGUGCGGUGGAGCUCCAGCAGCGGGGACAGCAGCAGCGGGGACAGCAGCAGCGGGGACAGUGGCGGCGAGGGAGGAGGCAGCAGCAGCAGCAGCAGCAGCAGCAGCGACAGUGAGGACUCAGAGCCAGAGGAAGCCCCGGAGGCCCGGGCGGGUGGCCAGGCGCUGCCAUCAGCACCACAUGCCGUGCCGGACAUGGACCUGUGGGUGCCGGCCAGGCAGAGCACCGGUGAGCCGUGUGGAGGGGGAUCCCGGGGCUGGCCAGGACGCCGUGCUGCCUCCCCCGGCCCUCCCAGGGGCUCCAGCGAGGCUCAGGAUGGCAGCAGAGCCACUCACCCCACGGCCUCAGCUCCCGCGGAGGAGGCGGGCCAGGCGGACACUUCCUCCAGGAUCCACAGCACCAGUGCAAGAGGCGUUGGGCACCUGGACUCGGCAGACACUCGCCUCUCAAGCUCCGAGGAGCCAGCAGAUAAGAGUGAGAGUCGUCUGCUGAAGGUGCCGCUGGAGACCGUGCUGCAGGUGCUCAGGACCAACACAGCCCGCCGGCGCCAGACGCUGAAGGAGAAACUGAGGCAGCCGUGCCUCCUUGGCUCAUCCCUGGGGGCCAGCCCCAAUGACAAUGGUGUGGCCGGGCCCCGUGUACGGCAGCUGUGGCACAGGACGAUCAGGAAGCGGCAGCGGUGGCGGGGACAUACCCUGCAGAGAAGGCUCCUUGAGCGCCAGCUUCUGAUGGCCAUGAGCCCGUGGGUGGGUGACAUCGUCCUGCCCUGCACCCCCCGGAGGCUUGCCGCAGUGCACACCCGAGCCGAUGCCAUCAGCAAGCAGCUCCAGGACGCCCGGCUGGCCAGCACGCCUGUGUUCACCCUCUUUAUCCAGCUGUUCCAGAUCGAUACUGCUGGCUGCAUGGAAGUCGUUCGAGAGAGGAAGGCUCAGACCCCUGCCCUGCUCCAGACUGGCACUCGGGACCCGCCGCCUGGGCUCCUCCAGAUGUCUUCGAGGACGCAGAACAGCACAGGCCGCAGCUUCCAGAACCUGCCAGUGCGAGAAGCUGCAAAGCAGAGCAGCGGCCACAGAGGGAGCAGGGGGUUACAGCCCUGUCAUUCCGAGUCCAGUCCACAGGCGCCCCCGCCAGCUCCGUGUGGCCCCCGGCCCAAGCCCAAGACUGUCUCCGAGCUGCUCCGGGAGAAGAGGCUUCGGGAGGCCCGGGCCAGGAAGGCCGCCCCUGGCCCCGUGGCUGUCCCGCCACAGCUGCUGCUCUCCUCACCACUGAUCCUCCAGCCCCGUCUACCGCAGGCCUCCCCCACCCCCUCAGCCUCGGGCCCAGCUGCCACAGCCACGGCGCUCUCUGGGCCUGGGAUCCCUGCAGCGACGGGGCUGAGUACUUCAGCCAAGGAUGAGAGGCCCUCCGCCCUGCCAGUCUUGGCCGGCGCCCUGACCUCCACGGAGGCUCCUCCUGCGGCCUCCACAGCUCUGGUUCCCAGCCAAGUCCUCGUGAGCAGCCAUAAGGGUGGCCUGGGGCAGUCUCAGGCCCCUGCCGCGUCCCGGAAGCAGGGCCUGCCUGAGGCACCACUCUUUCUCCCUGCAGCCCCCAGCCCCAUUCAGCUGCCUGUCCAGCCCCUCAGCCUGACACCAGCUCUGGGAAUGCACAAGGGUGGGGCACACGUGGUAGCCAGCACCCCUCUGCCUGUCACCUGGGUGCUCACAGCCCAGGGGCUGCUCCCUGUGCCAGCCGUAGUGGGCCUUCCUGGGCCAGCAGGGACCUCUGACCCCAAGGGAAUGUCGGUGACCCUGCCACCCUCCCUGCCUGCGAUGCAGGUAGGCCAGGGCCCCAAGCCCCCUGGGCUGAGCCACCCUUGGCAGCCCCCGGCCACCAUGGACACAGACUCAGAUCCUCCUGGGACAGAUGUCUCGACCCUUGCGAUGCUCUGCCCAUCCCAAAGUUCUGUGGAAGUGGGCAGUGAUGUGACCCUUGCCCCUGGGGGACCUCCCUUCCCUGGAGGGGCCCAGGUGGCCAGCGAAAUCUCUGUUCCCAGGGUACCCUCCCAGGCCACCCUUCUGGCUGACCACCCUGAAGCAAAACCCCCGUGGUCCAGCCAGCCACCUCUGCAAGCUGACACUGACCCUGGGAGUGGCCCAGGAGGGACACCAGGGUCCCCAGGAUCAGGGGGACUCACGGGGCCUCUGAGUCUGGAGAGGCCACCCCCACCCCGGCCUGGGCCUGAGAGGUGUGCCCUGGACCUGGACCUCCUGUCUCAGGAGAGUGAGGCAGUCGUGCGGGAGUGGCUGAGGGGACAGCAGGGAGUGUGCGUGCCCCCGCUAGGGAGCAGGCUGCCCUACCAGCCCCCCGCCCUGUGCAGCCUCCGGGCCCUGUCUGGACUCCUGCUCCACAAGGAGGCCUUGGAGCAGAGAGCCGCCUCCCUCGUGCCCUGUGGGGCCGCCGGAGCCCUGCAGGCCUUGCUGGAACAGGUGCAGAGGCAGCUCCAGGACAGCCCGGCCUACCUGCUGCUGAAGGCACGGUUCCUGGCAGCCUUCACCCUGCCUGCGCUCCUGGCCACCCUGUCUCCCCAUGGCGUCCCCACUACUCUGUCAGUGGCCACAAGGGCUGACACCGAGAGCGAGGAUGACUGCUCCACCAGCAGUCCUCAGGCACGGCCGGCGGCCACCAUCCCCGUUCAGGGAGCCCCAGAGCCUGGGCAGGGCUCUGCCUCCUCCUGCCUAGACAGUUCUGACAGCCUGGAUGUGCUGAGAACCCGGCAUGCCUGGCACACCCGGAAGAGGCGGCGGCUGGUGUGAGCAGUAGGGAGGCAGGAGCUGUGCUGGACCCUGGUGAGCCCACCUGCCCGGAGAGGCCCGCACCGACCCGGAGAAAGCAGCCAAAGCAGCUGGAGGUUGGGGGGGCUCUGCCAGCAGGGGUGACGCCGCGGGCUUCGCUGGGCCUCAGGCACAAAUUGGGAUCUUGAAGGAAUAAAGGAAUGGCUUAUUUUUUUAUCGGGA